AGAGUAGUGCUUAGUAGCUCUGACCCAGAAAACCACAGUCAUCCACUAAAGACACAAGGUCAAGGAGCCAGGCUGCCUCUAACAGCAUCAACUGCCCGUACACUUUCUCCUCCAGUUCAUUUUACUGUUGAGAGCGUUUUCACAGCUUGCACAGAGUCUGACCGCCGAAGGGCAGGCGCUGCCGGCCUCAGCUCCAAGGAGCCGCCACGCUAGAGCUCAAGCUUUUCUUCCAUAGGACUUGGCUCGGCGGGCAGCCAGUGGGGCCAUUUCCCACGGACAUCAUGUGACGUGGGGCGGCAACUUGUAUUUCUUCUCAUAUGAAGCUACAGAUUAUGAGUUCAAAAACUCAGGCUUAUCUCAAUCUGAUCAACGACAGGGACCUAGACUCUAGUCCUCUCCCAAAAUCCCGCCCUCACGGAACGGUUCCGCUCUAGACCUUCCCAGGGGAGGCAACACCGGAAGCGGCGGUACUUCUGCCACAAUGGCAUCUCGUGGAGUCGUUGGCAUUUUUCUCCUCUCUGCUCUUCCCCUCUUGUGUCUGGAGCUCCGGCGUGGGAUCCCGGAUCUAGGAAUUAAAGAUAUAAUUUUGCUGUGUGGCCGAAUUCUCUUACUGCUUGCUCUUCUUACUUUAAUUAUUUCUGUGACUACCUCAUGGCUUACCUCAUUUAAAUCUUCCCAAGUUUAUCUGAAAGAAGAAGAAGAGAAGAAUGAGAAAAGGCAAAAACUUGUGAGAAAAAAACAACAAGAGGCACAGGGUGAAAAGGCCAGCAGAUACAUAGAGAAUGUUCUAAAACCUCACCAGGAAAUGAAAUUGAAAAAACUGGAAGAGCGCUUUUAUCAGAUGAUGGGUGAAACCUGGAAGUUAAGCAACGGUCAUAAACUUGGGGGUGAUGAAGAUUUGGUGGUUGAAAACGAGAGUCAGACAUCUUUUGAAACAUCAAACAGAGAAGCAGCAAGGAGACGGAACUUGCCUAAUCCUUUUCAAAGUUUCUUUUGCUGAACAGCGCAUGCAGAAGGAGGUUCGUUAUGCAAAGUUCCAGAUUUACCUGAAGAACCUCCUGAAACAGCUGAAGAAGUAGUUACUGUUGCUCUCCGAUGUCCAAGUGGGAGCAUCCUGAGGAGAAGGUUUUUUAAGUCUUACAGCUCACAGGUCCUGUUUGACUGGAUGAUGAAAAUUGGGUACCACACAUCCCUAUACAGCCUUUCUACUUCCUUUCCCAGAAGGCCUCUGGAAGUGGAGGGAGGCCGGUCAUUGCAGGACAUAGGAAUAACUGUGGAUACUAUACUCAACGUGGAAGAGAAAGAGCCAAGCAACUAGUUAAGAAAUGAGAACUACCUGUUCUACGUAAAAUCAGUUAUGCCACAACCUUACAGGACAAUAAAAGAAUCAUAUUAAAAUCAUGCUAGACCUUGAUUGAGCUCAAGGCAGUAAACACUUUAAUUGCUGGUGUCCAUGGGAAUAUAUGGACACACAGGAGUAGAAAAGGAUUGCUCUCUGCAUAUAAUUUUUGGAAUGUGCCAUUUUAUACUGUAUCAACUGAGGACUAGGUAAAAAUGUAUACUGUAAGACACUCAAUAAUUUCUUUUCUUCCUAGAUGACAUCAUUUAUGAAAAUGACAUCAUUUGUUGAAAAACAGUCAUAUGACUAUAGAUUCUGCCUCUUCAAUCCAUCUCAAUCACACCAUGAAUAUUUCACAAUUCAAUGAAACUCUUUAAAGCCUUAUGAGUAAGAUUCUUCUGUUGUAUUUCUAAAAAUUAAAACAUUUUAAAGAUGAUUCAAAGCUCUUUAAGGCUUUAAAGUGCUUUUUGAUAGGUAUAUGUUAAUGUUUACUAAUAUUUAAGAUUUAUAUAAUUUUGCCUUGCAUUGAAUUGUAACAUAAAGUUCCAGGUAGACCAAUAUUUUUAAAAAUUAAAAUAUUUUUAAAAAAUAGGUGAGUUUCUUUUAUAUAUCUGGUCAUUUCAUUUUCUGCUUAUAAACCUGUAAUGGUGUACUCAUGCACUAUGAUACCAAGUUCAAACGCCGAGUAUGGAAUAAAAGGCUGUUAACUUUGUUCUAGUCACUCCCUUUUUUCCUUUUCCAUGCUCUGUCUUAAGAGUCAGUUAACUUGACUCCUGUGUAUUUCCCUUUAUUUAAUGCUCCAUUAUACCUCUUCUGUAGAAUUUAUUACAUUUUUUUAUAAAUAGCUAUGGUUUUGUUUUUCCAAAUACAUAAUUCUUUAACAGCAAGGAUUGUAUUCUUUUUAUUCCCUCUACAAAUAUCUAGUAGAUACUUAAUAUAUACUUGAAAAUAAAUAUUAAGUUGUCUCAACCA